AUGGCAGAAACGAGGGACAGUGCCCGGGGGAGAGGUCGCUUGUCCACAGUCUCCAUGAAGUAUGACAAGAGCCGAAAGGGAUAUUUGAGUGAUUCCCAAAAGGCAGCACGUGAAGCGGAUGCAGACGGCAAGGGAUAUCUUACCGCUGAAGAGGCUGCAGCUCUUGCCAAAAAGUGUUUAAUGAAGUCAUCCACCACCACGAAUGAUCCGCCUGCCGCAGUUCAGGAGUUCAUCGCACCUGCCGCCGUUCCGGUAGUAUCGGCCCAUAUGAUCAUGGCACAUCAUAAUCAGACCAGUGCCACUCCUCUCAUCUCUUGUCGCAUGGUUCCAGAUCCUUCAGAGCGUGGACUCGGACGAAUCAGUCUAGCUACUAACUCCAGGGUCGACACCACCACUACUACUACUGAAACGGCAUCUCAGGUGACAUUUGAUGCUCGUACCAUCGCUACAAACACAGUCAGUAGCAGCAACAACAGUAGCAAUGCAGCGUCUGUUCUCAUUACAGUUCCUUGCUCCCCCGCAGGCGGUGUGUGGUCUCCAAGCAUGAUUCACCUCAAGACAGAGGCAGUCAAUGACUGCGAUACUGAUGACGAGGCGCCCAUUUCUGUCGUGGUACCGGUAUCCAUGCCACCACAACGAGAGCCAAAAGCCCUACUACUACUACUACUAUGGACCAUCCUGAAGCAUCGGGCCCAUGGAUAA